AUGGAGAUAAGAAGCAUGCAACAAAACAUUCAUCCCGGAGAAGGCUCCGGCCAAAGCAGCAACAUCGCCGGUAGGCGGACCCUGUUCGGCAAAUACGAGAUGCAGAGGUUCCUCGGGAGAGGCAACUUCGCCAAGGUAUUCAAGGCCACGAACAUCACCACGGGCGAGAGCGUGGCCGUGAAAGUGAUGAAGAAGGAACAGCUGAUGAAGACGGAAGGCCUGGCGGAGCACGUCGAGCGAGAGAUCGCGGUGAUGCACCGGAUCAAGCACCCAAACGUCGUCGAAUUGAAGGAAGUGAUGGCCACCAAGUCCAAAAUCUUCUUCGUCAUGGAGUACGUCAGGGGCGGCGAGCUGUUCGCCAAGGUCGAAAAGGGGAAACUCGAUGAGGACCUCGCCCGCCGUUAUUUCCAGCAAUUGAUCAGCGCAAUCGAUUACUGCCACAGCCGGGGAGUCUCCCAUCGGGAUCUGAAGCCGGAGAAUCUUCUGUUGGACGAGAACGGGAAUCUCAAGAUCUCCGAUUUCGGACUCUCCGCGCUCCCGGGUCAGCGCUGGAACGACGGGUUGCUCCAUACCCAGUGUGGGACCCCUGCCUACGUGGCGCCGGAGGUUCUCCGGAAGAAAGGGUACGACGGGGCGAAAGCCGAUAUUUGGUCCUGUGGGGUAAUCCUCUUCGUCUUGCUCUCCGGCUAUUUGCCCUUUCUCCACGAGAAUCUGAUGAAGAUGUAUGUGAAGAUUUUCAAGGCCGAUUACAAGAUCCCCAAUUGGAUUUCGAAAGACGCUAGGGAUUUGAUUUCCAGGCUUCUGGUGGUGGACACCAAGAGGCGAAUUUCGAUUCCGGAGAUUAUGGAGAAUCGGUGGUUCAAGGUCGGGCUAACGAAGCCGGUGGCGAUCCCGGCCGCGUUCCCCGAGGAGGAAGGGGAAAGGGGAUCGUCAUCGUCGGCGCCGCACUCGCCGCCGUUUUUCAACGCGUUUGAUUUGAUAUCGUCGAUGUCGUCGGGAUUCGAUCUGUCGAAUCUGUUCGAGGAGAAGAAGAAGCCGGGGUCGAUGUUCACGGCGAAGUGCGGGGUGCCGGUGAUCAUGUCGAAGCUGGAGACGGUGGCGAAGCAGUCGAAUUUCAGGGUGGUGAGCGACGACGACUACAAGGUGAAGAUACAGGGGAAGGCAGAAGGGAGGAAAGGGGUGCUGGCGGUGACGGCGGAGGUGUUCGAGGUGGCGCCGGAGGUGGCGGUGGUGGAGUUCUCGAAGAGGUCCGGGGACACGCUGGAGUACGAUAAGUUCUGCGAGAAGGACGUGAAGCCGGCGCUGAAGGACGUGGUGUGGACUUGGCAGGGUGAAAGCAGCGAUGAUGAAUGUCGCUAA